AUGCGUUCCUCCGCUCUCUUGGCCGCCGUGGCCGCCUCCACCGUCUCCGGCCAUGGUUUCAUUUCAAUGAUCCACGGUGACAAUGGUUGCACCAUGCCUGGUUACACUGUCACCGACGGCACCCCUCGCGACUGUGUCGUCAACGCUUGCGGCGCCCAAGCUGACACUGGCAUCAUCCGUGACAACGAAAUCGACUCGGGCGAACGAAAUCCUCUCGGUUGGACCCAGGGCAGCGGCGAUGUCGACUUGUGCACCAACAUCAACAAUUACAUGGGCAUGGGCGGCGCGCCACCCACCAACAGAGGUGCUGCCAGCUCUGUCGGCGUCGAGGACGCGAUCCCAAACCUCACAGGCCUUUCGGGCCUCGCACUUCCCAAGCAACGCCGCGGCGCGUACAAGCGGCAGAUCAGCAACCCUUUGAGCGGCCUUGGUGGGAGUUUUUACAACCUUCCCAUUAUUGGCGUGGCGGGCAUGGGCGGCCAGCGAAAUACGUACCCCCGUGAGACCAUGAAUGCCGAUUCGCGCGGCAAGGGUGCCACGUGUGGUCUUCCCACCCCCGACGCCAAAGGCGUCGUCCACCUGGUUUACAGACAGGUCAACCAGGACGGCGCCGGCCCCCUUACGUGCGCCAUUGACUACACGUCCGCUGGCCAGGAUCCCAAGGCCUUCCAAGCCGCUCAAGUCCUCAACAAUGUGCCUGGAUCCGGUGUCUCUGGCCUAUCCAUCGCCACCAACACCGACUUCCAGGUAGCAGUCCAGUCGGAUCCGACCAAAAGAUGCACCGGUAAAAGAUGCGGCGUCGAGGGCCUGUGCGUCGUUCGCUGCCGCAACGAGGCUAUCGCAGGAAGUUUCGGCGGCGGUGCCGUUUACACCAACCGCGCCUGA